AUGGAAUAGAGAAGUGGGAAAUACAACACCAGCACCACCUAUUGAGGAAGUUGAGCAUAUAUUGAGUAUGAGAUCUUUCGUUAGACGAAUAAACCACAUUUCUCUGCCUCCAAUUAAAACAUUAUUUUCCCAACUACCACCUUACUCACAGGCCACAGAUGAAGCACAAAAUAAUAAUCAGAGCCAAGACAGUUCUAACUACGAAGUAGCUGUCUCCGACA